UCCUCUAGUGACUUCUCGCUGUCGCUGCCCUCCCGUCGCUUCGCUGCCAUGUCCGAGACGGCCCCCGCCGCUCCAGCCGCCCCGGCCCCCGCGGAGAAGACCCCGGCCAAGAAAAAGGGCAAGAAGCCUUCGGCCGCCGGGGGAGCGCGGCGCAAGGCCGCGGGUCCGCCGGUGUCGGAGCUGAUCACGAAAGCCGUGAGCGCCUCCAAGGAGCGCAAUGGCGUGUCCCUGGCCGCCCUGAAGAAGGCGCUGGCGGCCGCCGGCUACGACGUGGACAAGAACAACAGCCGCAUCAAGCUCGGGCUCAAGAGCCUGGUGAGCAAGGGCACCCUGGUGCAGACCAAGGGCACCGGCGCCUCGGGUUCCUUCAAGUUGAACAAGAAGGCCCCGGCGGCCGACACGAAGGCUAAGGCCAAGAAGCCGGCUGCCAGCAAGGCCAAGAAGGCUGCCGGCGCGGCCAAGAAGCCCAAGAAGGCGACGGGGUCGGCAGGCGCCAAGAAGAGCGCCAAGAAGAGCCCCAAGAAAGCCAAGAAGCCGGCGGCCGCCAAGAAAGCGGCCAAGAGCCCGAAGAAGGCCAAGGCGGCCAAGCCCAAGAAGGUGGCCAAGAGCCCCGCCAAGCCCAAGGCCACCAAGGCCAAGAAGGUAGCCAAGCCCAAAGCAGCUAAGCCCAAAGCCGCCAAGAGCAAGAAGGCGGCAGCCAAGAAGUAGAGCUAGCACUCGAAACUUGACACACCCAAAGGCUCUUUUCAGAGCCACCCACUCACCUCAGGAAAAGAGCUGAGCCCACAAACAAAAGUCCAACCAUCUUGCAAGCACACUUGGGUUGCGGUCCUCGCCCUUUUAAUAACUUGAUGUCCUUGACCAGCCCCUACCUCCCCCGCCCCCAUUGAGAUAAGCACGCACCCAUUGUUUUUUUAUCCCUGACCCUCUCUGCUCCCCACGUCCGCGAAAUUAAAAGGGGAGGCGCGUCGAUUUAUUUAGAUUUAGGUGUCUCCCCUGUGUCUUUCCGCCCACCACACCCACACAAUUGCGCAGACUUGGGAGAGAAUUUUGGGGCAAGUG